UUCAAGCGCGGCCAUCAUAUUAGAAACUUAUCAAAAUGUCUUCGGGCUUCAAGCGCAAGCGGGACGAUGCUGACGAGGAUGAUGAGCCCGCGUACGGCCUCAGGCAGAUCCUCCCCGUCGCGAAUCUCCCGUCGAACUUCGAAGGAGAGCCGGAGGACGGUAUGCAGUAUCUGUUCACCGUCAGGAGAGAAACGCGUCAGCUACCGGCGGUCAAGCGCGCCCCGAACCCAUACGAGACAGCUCCCCCCGAACCUGCACUGCCAUCGGCGUCCACGUUCAUAGCAUCUACGAUCGCACCCAGCCCUCCCUCUCAAAAAUCACACAUCCCAUCCGAACAAUGGCGCUCGACGUUCACUCGUCGGUUCGUCAAUUUCCGCAAGAACACCUCGCAGCCCACGAUCCACGUUUACAUGCCCAUGCCCCGCGCGCGGGGCCAAAAGCUCAUGCCGGACAAAAAAGAGCGCGAUAGGUGGUGGGAGUUCUUCGCCGGCUCGCCCGCGUCGGUGUGGGACCCCCCGCGCGCGGCGAAGCAGCCGAAACAGAGGGAAGUGCGGCGGCUUGGCAACGACGACCACGCGGUGCCGCCGUUUCACAGGACGAACGCGUACGGGAGCAGCACAGACGAGUGGGUCGUCGGGACGGUGACAGAAGAGCAGCUGGCGGAGAUGCACGACGGAACGCGGGUGAGUGACACGGAUCCUCGACAGGGGGCGUUUGCUUCGGGGUCAUUGCAGGCGUCGACUGGGAACAUGUCUGGUGCCAAUGAUGGUGUAAGUGAAUUGCAAUCGGCCUCGUCGCCUAGCCCUCCAUUGGUUCCCCGCGAGCCGACUCCAACAUUACUGCAAUACAUCGAUCAUCGCAUGUCUGUGCACUUGCUGAUGUACUUCACGCACUGGUUCAACCUCCACCUCGAAUGGCUGGACUCGGCCUCCACGGCCCCGCCUGCGCACAUCCCGACCGAAAGCCACGCCCGCUGGAUAUUCACGCUUCUCGGGCGCGUGGACGCGUUCUGCACGGCGGACGAGAUCAGCGGCUUGCGGGGGCUCGCGCGCGUGUGUCUGGGGCUCGUUCGGGCGAGGCGCGAGCGCGGGGACGGGGACGUGAAGGGGAAGAGCACGGAGGCGCACCGGGGAAUGGGCGAGGUCGCGUGCUGGAUGGUGGUGUGCAUCGUGGUGGGCAUGUGGGGACAGCAGGAUCUGUGGUCCGAUGCUGAGGAGAUGCUUUCGAAGGUAGGGUCGUGACAUUGCGUCGCAUGUACUUGUUACUGUAGCUCUUGUCCUCGACUUGUAGUGCCCGGCUCGUCGAUGCGUGUGGGGCCUACGUUUUCUCUAUUCCGAAUGUAAGUCGUUUGCUGGUCCCUCGCGGUUGCGGGACUUAC